GGGGGCGGUGCCUGCCCCCAACCCCGGGGAACCCCUGGCUUCGUCGUCCGCCAAUCAGCUGAAGCCCACCAAGAAGGAUCAUCUCCCCGCCGCCGCUGCACCUGCUUCGCCCCCUGCUGCGUCCCCUUCGCCUGCUGGCUCCGAGCUUCCCCUGAAGCAGCUGCCUAACGUCGUGAAGAUGGAGGUGACGUCGGACUGCGAUGAGGGGCGAGACGGGGUUGCCGUCCCCACGCCAGCCGCUGCUUUUGUCGGGGACAGCGGGCACUCUUCCUCGUUUUCUCUAGGCGACAGAACAUCCUUUGCCGGCGGUGGCCCUCACCAGCAGUACGCCGUCGAGUUCGACAUUGACGACGACGCCGCUUGCGACAGCUUUCUCAUGGACAUCCUCUCCGGCGGCGACGGGCCGCAGGGCGACGGCAACGACGACGACGGGUUCUUGUCGCUCCUCUCGGACGACGACAUGAUGAUCGUUAAUCCAGCUUCCGAAGGCCUCAACGUAGGCUUCGUCAAGCGGGAAAACAGUAGUAUUAGCAAUUGUGUGAUGUGAGAGUUUCCUGUUUCAAUCGUCUGUGUUGUUUUUGUUUUUCUCGUAUGGUACAUCGUAGCUUUCCUCAUAGAAAGAUUUGUCUGGUUUCGGCUUGUUUUUUUUUUCAAGUCAUGUUGUGGUUGAUCUGUGCGCCUCCGCGUGUCAAGGACGUGUUGACCGUAGAAAGCAUGUAAACUAAACAAGUAUUUUGUUGAGGAGUUCUUCGAAUCGGUUUGUCGCGUUGCCAGGUUGUAGGUUGUCCCAAAAUCGCGUGCAUGGAGAUUUUGCCUUCAGCGGUUGUGGUCCUGUGCGUGUCUAGACGAUUCGAUGAGUCGUGGUGCAUUCGUGCUCGCGUUGUCCUUCACCUCACUGCUAUGUUUUUGCACACCGUGAAGACGAGACACCGCGGCUGGGCGGAUAGGUACGAGCGAUUGUCGCUGUUCCGUAGGAGGUGGUUGCGGUCGCAGAGUCUUGUGGGAGUUGCGGUUUCGAGAUGGCAUAGGUACAUUUGUCGGAAGGGUAACAGCGGUAGCGGUUGUGUAGGCAUCGAGCAGGAGAACACUGUGGCGGUUGGUUGUUGAAAGCGACAUAGAGUGAUAAAACUUGUGACGAAUAAGUAAUGUUUAUUACAUGUUGACCGAAGAGGGAAAAAUAUUGUGUCAUUUUUAAGAAGAUAUAACGGAGCAUAUAUAUUGCCUGGUUCACGUCGAGGCCUUGACACCGCGCAUGCAAGCA